AUGUCGACCCCGAGAUCAUCCAAGAGUCCCAAGAGCGCGCCAAAGUCUUCGCCCCGCGAGCAAGAGGACGGCGCGCAAGCGACAGACCCGACGGCAUAUCCCACCAACACCCAAAUACCCUUUGACCAGCCCGACGACGAUGCCGAUUCCGCCAUUGACGAGGACAGAAGCUUCAUCUCCUCCACCGCCUCCCUGUCGGAGAGCAUCUUUGACUACCGCAGCAUCCAUGGACGCACCUUUCAAAAUUCCAAGACGACCGAGUACUGGGGACCCAACGACGAGCGGCAGAACAAUGGCCUGGAUAUAGCCCACCACUUCAUGGUCAUGCUAAAAAACGACCAGCUGUUCGAGGCACCCCUGCGCCAGCCGUCCAAAGUCCUCGACGUGGGCACCGGCACCGGCAUUUGGGCCAUCGAUAUGGCCGACGCCUACCCCGCCGCCGAGAUCAUCGGCACCGACAUCAGCCCCAUACAGCCAUCCUGGGUGCCCCCAAACUGCGCCUUCCACAUCGAGGACGCCCAGCUCGAGUGGACAUACCACCCGGAAACCUUUGACCUGGUUCACAUCCGCGCUCUCUACGGCAGCAUCGGCGACUGGGGCGAGCUGUACCGGCAAGCCUACAGGGCCCUCGUACCCGGUGGUUGGCUGGAGGACAUGGAGAUCAACAUACAGCUGCACAGCGACGUACCCGAGGUGCGAGACGACCCGGAUCACAUCUUCAAGCGUUGGGCCCGCGUCUUUUGGGAAGCGACGGAUCUCAUGGGCAAGACGCUGCGCAUCGCGAACGGCUCCAACAUGCGUGACCUCGUCACCGACGCCGGUUUCACCAACGUUGCCGAGAAAUCAUAUCAGGUACCCGUCGGCGCCUGGAGCAACGACCAGAGGAUGAAACGGAUCGGCGCGUACAAUCUUGCCUUUAUGGAGGAGAGCCUCGAGGGGUUCGCCUUGUUCAUGCUGAAGGAAGUCCUGGGCUGGGAGUACACGACGGUGCAGCUUUUCGUUAUGGAGAUGCGAAGAGCCAUUCGGAGUUCGAGAAUACGACCCUUCUACCUGAUAACAAACAUCGUUGCGCAAAGACCCGAGAUGGAAGCGUAG